AUGGGUGACCAAAAGGUUGCUAAUUGCCCUGGUGAAGUUGUUAGAGGACAGAUUAGCAAAUGGAAUAAUGCUCUUGUAGGGCAUCUCCUAGGGAAGAGACCAACUUUUCAUUACACUAAGGAGGUUCUUCUCAAGAUGUGGAGGAUUUCAGGCAAUGUUGAGAUUAAUUUGCCUGAAAGUGGUGUUUUCGUAUUCAGAUUUAACUUGCAAGAGGAUAGAGAUAAAGUCUUGGAAGGAGGACUGUGGUAUGUUCAGCGUAGGCCCUUGUUCUCCGCUCUUGGAGUAAAGAGAUAUCCUUGGGGCAAAUCACUUUUAUCUUCUAUUCCGGUGUGGGUAACUUUACCCUAUCUUCCUUCUCAAUUCUGGACUCUAGAGGCUUUGAGUGCAAUUGGGAGUGUUAUUGGGCAUCCAAUAUCAUUAGAUGUGAGGACUAAGACAUUAGAGAGAUUGUCUUAUGCAAGAUUGUGCGUUGAAGUUAAUGCCUCUGAACAACUCCCUUCAACUGUAGCAAUUAAAGAUGAAGAGGGUCGCAUAUUUAAACAAGAGAUCAUGUAUGAUUGGAAGCUAACCAAAUGCUCUGCAUGCAAGGUCUUUGGCCAUUCGCUGGAACAAUAUGGUGAAACUCCGGUGGCCAAGCAUAAUCGGAAAACUAAGCCAGUGUGGAGGAAGAAGGAUGAUGGUGUAGAGCCUACACUGCCAGCUGAGAAAGAAGAACCUUCUUUGCAUAAAAGUGGUGUCUUGAGUAAGGCAGCCGAUUCUACAUUUACUCAGAAUUCAAUUUCGAAUUUGAAUUUUGAAAAUAGGGGAGUAGAUGAGGAGGAAUUUUUUUGCUGGCAGCUUUAG